AUUGAUAGGAUAUGGUAUGAUAUGAUAUUCACUGCCUCUUCGUUCUUUGGGUUGGUUGUGGUGGUGUUGGUGGUGUUACCGGGGUAGAGCGUGGCGCGUAAAUCUAUGUAAGAAAGAAAAGCAGGCUUACGUAUCUUCUAAUCCUUUAAUAUAAUAUAGUCGAGUCGUAUCGUUACUUAGGCUUAGGUUUACAUCACAACCUACUAAUAUAUUUACAUAUAUACAUACUCACCGACAAAUCUAAUUCUAUAAUAUAUUAUAGUCCUUUAGUCUUUUUAGUCUUUUGGUCUUUUAUUUUAUUUUAUUUUUUUUUUUUUUUAGUUUCCUAUGUUUUUUGCCUCGGCGUUUUUGGUGCCUGGUUUGACGUUUUUGUGUGUUUUUUGUCUUUUGGCUAUGCGAUGGGCGGAAGUACAAAGGACUCAACAAAGGAAAGAAACAAGGAAAGGAAAAACACCAGAGCCCCCGCAAAAAGAUACCCACCCGGCUACCCCUCUAGGCACGAACCAGCCCAGUCAGUCAAGUCAGCAGCAAGAGAAGAACAGUCAGCUAGCUACGCAAAAUACACAGCCCCACACAUAUUCCUACCACCACCGCCUAGCCCUACCACCGUACACAUCCUCCAAAUCACCACCAUCGCCCCGCGAAGCCCGCGAAGACCGCGAAGCAUGCGAAGACGGCUUACGACUACGACCACGGCUCCCCCACCGCGCAAACAGCGGCACCUGCUCGCUAGCAGCCUAGCUGCGCGCGUCCCGAACCAGGCGGACCACGUCCACGUCCGUCGGCGGCGGAGGAGGGGCCGCGAGGAGGCGCUGCCGCCGCAGGGAGCGCUCCCAGGCGGAGGGGCGCGAGCGCGCGGAAGUGUAGGGCGGAGAGGUGGCGCGGGGCGUGGUCUCGGCGGGGUAGCGCGAGCCGUCGCUCUCGGGGUGCCGGCUGUAAUGCUGCAGCUGCUGCUCAGAGGCAUCAUUGCGAGCGCGGUCUUGUGUUUGUGUUUGCGUUUGUGUUUGUGUCGGCCCGGAGCGUGUAUGCGUAUGCGUGUACUGCAGCUGCAGCGACCGCGUGUGCUGCACCCCGUCGCGGUCGACGAAGCGCUGCUGUGCGUAGUAGCGCUGCGAGGAGGGCUGGAUGCGCACGCUCACCUGGGUGGAGAGCCCGGGGUCCUGCUGCUGCUGCUGUUGCUGUGCGCGGGCACGCUCGCGCGCCGCUGUGACGCGGGGGCAGUCGUUGUCGUCGGAGUCGGAGGAGUUGGAGGGGUAGUCGUAGUUCUGCGAGGAGAGGGGCCGGCCGCGCGGAGUCGAGUAGCUGUUGUAGCUGUUGUAGUUGGAGUUGGAGUUGCCUCCGUAGUACCUGCUACCGGACAUGUCUGCGCUUGUGUGUUGAGUGGGGAUAGUGGCUCUUGAAGCCGUUGUGCGCUGUGCGUUGUGCGUGAAAGCGUGCUUUGAGUGCUUGGUGUGCGUUGAAGCUGGCGAGCUUUCUUGUGGGGGAGGAGUGUGUUGUUUUACCUUUGCUUUAUAUAUUGGAGAUGGCAGUGAUUUGUCU